AUGAUGGCCUAUACAGAAGUCAAGUCGGAACUGCCCAUAUACGGGGGACACCCACAAAACCCAACAAGCCCACAUUUUGACACCGUGGAAGACUGUUGUCUUCUGCGCUUCUCGCGUCUGUGUCAAACGACGCCACAGGCACUCGACUUCUUGUGUCAAAACUUCCCCCAUCGUGAACGCCACGAGUGGGACCUGAGACUGCAGCAGUUGGGCGCAUAUAACCUCGGAUUGGCGCGGGCAUAUGAGGAUUGGAGUAUCUCCGAUUACCAUCACGUGUUUGCCCAACGGCACCCUCACAUUUACCAGGCGAAACUGAUGCCAAUGCAGGCCAGCCCCAAACGGGUGACUCCACCGCCGAGUCCGCUCAACUACAUGCAUGCACAACUGCAGCCGUCCACACAGAUGCAGCAUUCCCCGCACCAUGCACCCCUUCUACCGGUGGCACACCUCCCGAGUAAACAGCAUCUGCGUCGGUUUGCCUGCAACCAGUGCACACGGACGUUUUACAGAAAGGAGCAUUUGCAAAGGCACAUUCUGAGCCACACGAAAGAGAAGCCACACAGAUGUGACGAGUGUAGCAGUGCCUUUUCAAGAAAGGAUCUGUUGCAGAGGCAUAAGCGGUCGUUGCAUCAGUACCAUAGUUAG